AUGCAAAAAGUCAAGAGCGCUGUGAACUUCUUCGGUGAUGGAAGCAGUUUGCACGGUGUUGGCCACGUGGUUUCCGCAUCUCAAAUAUCCCGUUUCAAAAGAGUGUUCUGGAUAACUAUAUUAGCUAUAAGCAGUUUCGGUGCGUUGACAAUGCUGCGAUCUUCGCUGAAUUUGUACACGGAGGCGGCUGUGUCUUUCUCCGUGGAGACUAAUUACCUUGAUUGGGAUACACCGUUUCCGGCACUCAGUGUAUGCGAGUCAGCAGGGGCUGAGAGAGUAAAAGCUUAUCUGACAGCGUUUAUUCCCACGGAGACAGAAUACGGUGUGUGUUAUAGCUUCAACUCUGGAUUGGCUGGCAAUACUUCAAAUAUCUUGACUGUGAAUCGCAAAGUCGGACUGCCUUCUCUCGUAUUCACGGCCAUGGAAGCCAUUUGGGCUGAGCAGACCGUCAGCGAUGUGUCAGUUUCCACUCUGCAGCCGGAGAUACGUCACUGCCUGUACGGUCACGAGCGCCCGGACUUCGCAGACAAGUGGCCCUUCAAAAAAUAUUCGUACGGCGCGUGCAUCUUGUACUGCAGGGCGAUGUCCCAGUUUGAUUACUGCAACUGCACCCAUCAUCUAAUGCCGCAUAUUGGUCAGUUUGCC